AUGGGGGAGGCGGUGGAAGAGACGAGCGCCACGCUCGCCAGGCUUGAAUCAAGCCUCGAUCUCCUGCACGGAGUGGUCGCCGGAAUGGACACAGCACAACAGCAGAUGCGAGCGCAGCUGGAGCAUCAAGCGGCAGCGAUCGGCGCGAGCUCCGCCAAGCACGACGACACGGCACGCAUCCUCCAAGCGCUGCUCGCCAAGUUGCAAUUGAUCGAGAAGGAUUCGCCGGGUCGUCCACCUCCAGAAGAAUCGGGACUAGAUCCUCCGGUCAUCUUCAACGCGGGGCGGUCUACCACCCAGCCGUCCUCACCUCACUGGGUGGGCAACACCGCAGGCGCAACGUCGAGUACGGCAGAUCGCGGUGCUGCGGUUCCUUCUCUGGAUCCGGGUGUUGGCGGUGGUGGUACGGGAGGUGUAGGCAGUGGUGGACCAGGAGGCGCUGGUGGCGGUGGGUUUGGUGGUGCUGGUGGCGGUAGAACUGGAGGUGCAGGCGGUGGUAGAACCGGAGUGGGUGGCCAUGAACAUGGCGGACGCUCGCCAAUGCCGAAAAUGUUGUUUCCCCGUUUCGCUGGUGAGCACCCUCGAAUUUGGCGUGAUAAGUGCUUAGACUAUUUCAAGGUGUUCAAUAUCAGCCCUACACUUUGGCUGACGACGGCGACACUGCACCUGGAUGGAAACGCUGCGAUUUGGCUGUAG